CAGUUGCAAAUUUGUAAUUAAUAGCAAGAUUUAUGAUGGAUAUUGACUUGCAAUCAAUUGCAAGUUCCUUGCAACAAUCCAUAUUUCUGACUACUCAUGUGUGUACUUUUCUGUGAUUGAUAAUAUGGCCAUUAAGUGCAGUACAUGUUAUUUUUCACUAAUGAUUUGCUUGCAGGGAGAUGUCUUUCCAAAUGCUGUGGCCGACAUGUCUGGCCUUCGCUGGCUACGACUCAACCAGACCAACCUUGAAAUGCUUCCAGAUGAAUUGUCACAACUCAAUAAACUGGAACACCUCCACAUGUCGAGGAAUAACCUGAUCCAGAUCCACGGAGACCUUCCCACAAUGCAAUGCCUGCGCACCUUGAACCUGCGUCACAACAAGAUCCGCAACUCUGGGAUUCCCAAUGAUAUCUUCAUCCUAGAAGACAUGACUGUUGUUGAUUUUAGCCACAAUCAGUUAUCAGCCAUACCAGAGGAUAUGGAGAAGGCCAAAUCUCUUCUUGUCCUUAAUCUCAGCUUUAAUAACAUCAAGGAAAUCCCUUCCCAGUUGUUCAUGAACCUGACCGACCUUAUCUACAUCAAUUUCAGCGACAACAAACUGGAAAUUCUACCACCUCAGAUGCGAAGGCUGACCAACAUCCAGACUCUGAUCCUCAAUAAUAAUCCGCUGCUUCAUUCACAACUCAGGCAAUUGAUGUCCAUGACCCAACUUCAGACUCUUCACCUUCGCAACACCCAACGGAACCUGACCAACAUCCCACCGGUGCUUGAUGGUCUGGUUAACCUGGCUGAUGUUGACCUUUCUUUCAACGACCUUGAGAGCGUACCUGAUGCUUUCUAUGCCCUCUCCUCUCUGAAGAGACUCAACCUCAGUAAUAACUGCAUCACAGAGCUGUCGGUGCUAGACUCGUGGACGAGGCUGGAAACCCUCAAUGUUGCUCGCAACAAGCUGAAGUCCCUCCCUCCUUCCCUGUGCAAGCUCAUCUGCAUGAAGCGUCUCAUCAUCAGCGGCAACCAGAUAGACUUUGAUGGCCUUCCCACGGGAAUCAGCAAGUUGAUCGCUCUGGAGCAGUUCAUUGCCGCAGAUAACCGUCUGGAGUCCGUACCCGAGGGGAUCUGUCGCUGCCCCAAGAUUAAGAAGUUGAUCUUGACCAAGAACCAUCUCUAUACUCUACCUGAGGCGAUACACUUUAUUACAGAUCUUGAAACACUGGAUGUCAGGGACAACCCUGACCUGGUGAUGCCCCCGAAGCCUAUUCCACAGCAGAUAGGAAGCGGAGCAGAGUACUACAACAUUGACUUCUCCUUGAGCCACCAGCUGAGGCUUGUUGGCGUAGUGCCUCCUUCACAAGCAGGAAACUCACCAGCUGCUAAAGACGCUCUUGCACGCAAGCGGAGACUGAGAGAGAAAAGAAUACAGAUGCAGACUGCCAAGGCACAAGCUGCAAAAGCUGAACAGGCCAAACAAGAUCAAGUGCUCAAGGGUAUGAGUGACCUUGCAAAGGAGAAGAAUGAAGGACCUGCGGCAGAUGGGGAGGAAUCAGAAGUCAAGCCCAAGAGCUGGAUGGACGCCUUGGCGAAGCCACAGCUAGAUUACACUGACUUCUUUGCAGCCAAUUGUGGAACCGAACCAGGUCUACAUAUCUGGCAAAUUGAGAACUUUAUCCCAAUACAGGUAGAUGAAGCCUUGUAUGGUAAGUUUUACGAAGCUGACUGCUAUAUCAUCCUCCAGACCUUCCUUGAUAGCUCCAAGAAUUUGAACUGGCAGAUCUAUUACUGGAUUGGACAAUCCUCAUCGCUUGACAAGAAGGCCUGCUCCGCCAUGCAUGCUGUCAACCUGCGUAACAUGCUGGGAACCAGGACACGCUCCAUCCGCGAGGAGAUGGGGGACGAGAGCGAUGAAUUCAUGGAGCUCUUCGAUCACGACAUCGCCUACAUCGAGGGCGGAACAGCCAGCGGCUUCUACUCUGUGGAAGAGAAUACCUACAUUGCUAGAAUGUACAGGGCGUCGGGCACACAGAGUCUGCACCUUGAAGCGGUUCCAAUGGAUCAUGAAUCAUUAGACACCAAAUAUGUGUUUGUGCUGGAUAAUGGGAUGGACAUCUACAUCUGGUACGGUCAGAAAUCAAAUCCCAUCACAAGGUCGAAGGCCAGGUUGAUGUGUGAGAAAAUCAACAAGAUGGAGCGCAAGAACAAUGCCAAGAUCACCAUGAUGUACCAAGGUAGUGAGGUGGAGGAUUUCUGGGAACCUCUAGGAGGCUACAGGGAAGACUUUGUACCACAGGACUGGUUAAAAUCUUUCGUCCCUGAGAAACCAAGACUGUACAAAGUUGGUCUUGGAACUGGAUACUUGGAACUACCCCAAGUGGAAUUACCGAAGGGAAAACCACACCAAACACUCCUUGAAACCAAGAAUGUCUACAUCUUGGAUUGCAAUGCUGAUGUAUUUAUAUGGAUCGGGAGGAAGUCGAGUCGUCUAUGGCGAGCUGCUGCACUGAAACUAUCCCAGGAACUGUGCUCUAUGCUCAACAGGCCUAUCAACGCUACAGUCAUCAGGAUACUGGAAGGAAAUGAGAGUCAUGUGUUCAAAUCUAAAUUCCCUGGUUGGGAUGAUGUAUUGGCUGUGGAUUACACCAAACGAGCUGAUCAGAUCCACAAGAAGCCUGCCAUUCAGAAGGAUGUACAAGAGAAGGAGGAGUUGAAGACUGACCUGUCCGCAUUGUUCAUGCCCAGACAGCCUGCCAUGCCUCUCACAGAAGCUGAUCAACUGAUGGAAGAAUGGAACGAUGAUUUGGAUGGCAUGGAAGCAUUUGUUUUGGAGGGACGCAAGUUUGCCAGACUUCCCGAGAAUGAGAAGGGACACUUCUACAGCGGGGACUGCUAUGUGUUCCUCUGCCGUUACUGGGUACCCAAAGACCUACCGGAGGGAGAGGAGGAGGAAGAAGAAGAGCAGAACGAGGAGGAAGAUACCGAAGAAGACUUCCAGUGCACCGUUUAUUUCUGGCAGGGCCGGGAUGCGAGCAACAUGGGGUGGCUGACGUUCACCUUCAGUCUUCAGAAGAAGUUUGAGUCGCUGUUUGGUGAUAAGCUGGAGGUGGUCAGAUUGUGUCAGCAACAAGAGAACCUCAAGUUCCUUUCUCACUUCAAGAAGAAGUUCACCAUCUACCGUGGGCGCCGCCCUCUCCCCAAUGCGUCACCUGAUGCAGAGCAGCCCAAGGACUUGAAUCCCAAACUCUUCCAUGUGAGAGCCAAUGGAGGUCCCCUGUGCACCCGCUGUAUUCAGGUCCAUCCCACUGCGCAGUGGCUCAACCCAGAAUUCUGCUACUUAUUAGAGGUUCCUUUUGAUAGUCAAGAUAGUAAAGGUAUUGUCUACACGUGGAUUGGUUCAAGGAGUGAUGCGGACAUGGCCAGGAUAGCCGAGGAACUUGCAUAUGAAAUGUUUGACGACAUGUACAGCCAUCAGCUUCUCUCUGAGGGUUCCGAACCAGAGAACUUCUGGUGGGUGGCUCUGGGUGGUAAGAGGAAUUAUGACCAAGAGGCUGACUACAUGAACAAGGCCAGGCUAUUCAGGUGUUCCAAUGAGAAGGGAUUCUUCACCGUGUCGGAGAAGUGCUCAGACUUUUGCCAGGAUGAUCUUGCUGAUGAUGAUGUGAUGAUUCUUGAUAAUGGUCAUGAGGUCUAUCUAUGGCUAGGACCAAGCUGUAGUGAUGUGGAGAAAAAACUUGCCUACAAAAGCUCACAGGUAUAUGUUCAGCAUAUGAAGAACAAGGAGCCAGAUGCCCCUCGUAAAUUUUCUGCAGUUAAGAAGGGGAAGGAACCCUGGAAGUUCAUCCGCUGCUUCCACGGAUGGGGACUGUUCAAGCCAGGUGCUAAGUAUUAGACAGUUACUGUCACAACAAAGCAACUCAAAACUGUUUAACUUGCUGCAUCAUCAAAGAAUGUACAGAGAUUGCUUUCAUGAUGUAAAACAUUGAUUUUACGCGCUUAAGAGCUUCGCCGAGGAAGGUGCCAAGUUUCAGAAGAUGACUUUCACAAGGUAGCACAGCACUAAAUGUGAUUUUCUUCUUCAGUGCAUGUACGCUUUAAUAGGGAUGAUGGAGAGUACAAGAGGACGACUUUCACAAGGUAGCAGCACAAAAGUUGAUUUUCUUCUGUUAAUAGGAGCUUCAGCAAGGUCUUAGAGGACAACUUUCACAAGGUAACAGCAGAAGAGUUCGUUUUGAUAAUCUCCAUGCACGUAGUGGCACAAAAGUUUAUUCGCUGCUUCCUUUCAUAGCAAUUUUUUGGUAAGUGGCAGAAUAGGAGAAAACAUAUUCACUACAUUGUAGGUAGCAGCUCAAGAAUUCACUACAUAUAUUUCAUUUCACGAAUGGUAACAUUUCAAAAUGCCAAAUACCAGUAGAUUGGAAGCAGUGUGAAAAAAAAGGAGAACAGCCACAUUAUUUUUUGUGGAUAUUGAAUUUAAGCUUUAAAAAAAGCUGCUCUUCCCGUUAGAGACUGAAUGAUUUUGCUAUAUAACCCAUGUUUUCCAUAGACUCCGGCCCACAUUCAUGCGGGUUCAUUGCCAAUAUGGUAAAUAAACUUUGCCAAUAUGGUAAAUAACUACCACUUUUAUUGGCCUCUAAUCUCUGUUACUAUUACUACCGCGCCAAUAGGACAGAAUAUGGUUAAAAUCAAUAUUUUCUUUAUUCAUUUUUCAUUUGUGGAUUGCAUUUUAGAAAACAAUGGUUUGAUGAUGAAGGGCAUUCUUGGUGCUUGAUUUGAAUUUUUCAUAGGUUGGAGAGUAUAUGGAAAUCAGUAGGUGCAAUAACUCAGUGUAGUUUUCUUAAAAAUCACAAUUGAUUUUGUCAACAAUUGUACAUGAUUGUUUCUUUUUUUUUAUUGAAGUGAAAAUCAUAUUGAAUUUAGAAUUAUUUAUGUAUAUUGAUAUGAGAAAUUGGGGAAGAGGAUAAGUAAGAAAUAUGAAAGAAAUAUUGAUUGACUUAUUGAAUAGUGUUGAAUAAAAAUGGACUUAUGGAUAGACUUAUGAAGACACAGUUGCAUUUAAAUCAAAUUCUUUU